AACCGAUUCAAUAUGGCUGCCGACUACAGCGGACGAAGACACGAAAGUAUGGUUCUCUUGUUGAGCCCGGCAUAAUCAGCAUAACAAAUAACACCAGAUGUAGUUUUUUGUGAAAUAUGAUGUAGCCCAAUAUUCUAGUGCUGUUUCUGGUGUUAGUUGGUGUCUUGACAGUACUAGUAUGAGCAUGGGGUUGAGUGUGGCUACAUACAAUCUGCUAGCCACGGCAUGUGGUCUGUUUUGGUUGGUGGGAUUGACCGAGGCCUCCUAUGGUGACCGGUCGUACGUGUUCCAGCGAUGCACCUACACCUGUAUGCAGCAAAACUGUACAACUGGACUAGCUCGUGCAGAAUUUGCUGCUGCCCAGCCCUGGCACCAGAGAGCACUUCAAUGGACGUGUAGGGACGAAUGUAAUUAUAUAUGUAUGUGGACGACUGUUGAUGCCUUCGAAAAGGAUGGUAUAGGGACACCACACUUCUUUGGAAAGUGGCCAUUCAUCAGAUUGUUUGGAAUGCAGGAACCUGCAUCAGUGGUGUUUUCAGUGUUAAAUGGUCUGUUCCACCUGCGUAUCCUAACAUACAGACGAUUGGUUCCGCCCUCUGUGCCAAUGUAUUAUGUAUGGCAGUGUGUUGCAGCGAUUUCAAUGAAUACUUGGUUAUGGUCAACAGUAUUUCAUGCCCGAGACACACCCUUCACAGAAAUGAUGGACUACUUCAGUGCCUUUUCCCUUGUGCUGUCCAACCUUUUCUGCCUGUGUUGUAGGGUCCUGGGUACAGAUCGCCCCCUCCGUCCAGCUCUGUGUGGGGCAGUGUUACUUGGUUUAUUCCUCCAGCAUACCUACUACCUCAGCAUGGUCAAGUUUGAUUAUGGAUAUAACAUGACGAUGAACGUGACUGUUGGUGCUGUAAACAUAGUGGGCUGGAUAAUAUGGUGUUGUUACCACAAACAACGUUACGUCUGGAAAUGUGCCACUGUUGUCAUCGGACUCAAUGUUCUUCUGGCCCUAGAGCUGGGAGAGUUCUCUCCCCUGUUUUGGGUGUUCGAUGCCCACUCCCUUUGGCAUGCCAGUACAUCUCCUCUGUGUUAUCUCUGGUACAGUUUCAUCAUAGAUGAUGGCCUGUACCUAGCAAAUUUACAAAAGGACAAGAUUUUCUGACCCUGGACAUAUCUGGGGAGAAAACCAACACAUCGUAAUGUGGCACAUUCCAUACAGAGACUGGACUCAGGCUUUUCAAGUCAGCAUGAUCGUAUAUAUAAACAGUGAUGUAGAGACAAAGUAUUACUUAUCAUCUCAGAUGCUGGGGUGGCUGCAGAUAUAUAUAUAUAUAUAUAAUAAUUUAUUUACACUGUCCAGUUUUAAAGAAACAAAUAUUUAAAUUUUAUUAUCAUGAAUCAAGUAUAAUUGCGUAUAAUUGAGAAUACUUAUUAAUAAUUUAUUGUGAACAAGAAAAUGAAUACAAUAAUCAGUGUACAUUCUCUGGUAAAAAGCUGUAUCAGUUCCAGCUGCAACUUCAUGUUUAUCGAGGGUCUGUGAUUGUGUUGUGAUAUAGUCAUGUAAACAAGAUUUUACAGAAAACUGUGACAGUCGUAAAUAAUCUUCAUGUUUUAAUCAGCAACAUUUUAAAAUGUAGUAGGUAUAUAAUAUAUAUGUGUAAAACACAUUAUAUACAUACAGAAAUAGUUGAUGCAAUAUGAUAGAUAAUUAUGCAACAACUUA